CACCUCUUCAGCUUCCCCACGCGCCAUGUCCUUGAACCUUUUGCACAAGAGAAGCUUGGCUUCCGUGGGACUUUUGGCCCGCAGCUUCUCCACCCUUUCGGUGGUAAGACAGGCGGACGAGAAUACCGUGGAGGUCCGUCCGUUGAUUCCACAGGCCAGCGGCGCGCCCGCGACCGACGCCAUUUCGGUGCUCAGAAGAGACAUUGGCGACGUUUCGGCCGCCUCGGCCUCCUCGGCGCUUGCGCCAUACCCGUCCUACACAAGCAUUUUCGAGAACUUGAAACCGGCGACGAGAACCAGGGGCAGAGAAAACUCAGACGUCGACGCAGAAUUGGAGGCCAAGAGGGUGGUGCCAAAGUUGAACACUUUCUACGCAGCAAACCCAGAACACGAGCAUAACAUGGACGGCUUGACCAGUCUUUUGGCCAAGCACAGAGGCAUUCCGGUGGACACCUCCAAGAGCACCAAGGAGGAGAGAUUCAGAUGGGUCACCAUGGAGGAAUACAAGCGCUUCGGGGGUGACACCAGAUUGUCGCCAAAGGCGUACAAGGAGUUGACCAAGGUGUUGAACCGCCUCUUCCAGAUGGACGAGCAAUUGAUGCCUGACGAGGUUGAGCAGAGCUUGGAGCGGUACAAGAAGCAGGUUUCGACCGUGUUCAUGACCAAGGGGACUAAAAAGUUGGACGAGUUCGGCAGAGCCGAGGUGCUCGGCAAGAGAAAAACUUCCGGUGCCAAGGUCUACCUCACCAAGGGUGACGGCCAGAUCAUCAUCAAUGGCAAGUCAUUGGACGAGUUUACCCCAAGAUUGACCGACCGUGCCAAGCUCUUGUUCCCAUUCAGAGUCACCGGCUCCGAGGGUGAGUACAAUGUGUUUGCAGUCGUCACCGGUGGUGGGCCAUCCGGCCAGAUUGGCGCCGUUGCCCACGGUAUUGCCAGAGGCUUGGUUGUGCACAACCCGUUGUUCACCCAGAGAUUGUUGAAGGCCGGAGUCUUGGUCAGAGACCGUAGAAGGGCCGAGAGAAAGAAGCCGGGCAAGCUCGGUGCCAGAAAGAGCCCUACCUGGGUCAAGCGUUAAGGUGAGACCUCGUCAAGACACACCCGUGUCUCAUGUAUAUAUACAACACAAAGAUGAACGAAAUAUGCGUAGAGAAGGGGAAUAUGUCAGAUUAAUGCUUAAUUUUGGUCUCUCAAGACACUAACUACCGAUUUAUAUCUCCAAGAAUCGCCAGUUUCGACGUCCCAUACACUUCCU